AUGGGUGAGGAUACACAGAAAGUGAAGGUUGCAGUCCGAGUACGACCACUGAAUAAACGGGAAAUUGAUUUGAAUACAAAAUGUGUUGUUCUGAUGGAUUCCAAGCAGGCCAUUUUACGGCAUCCGACGGGAGAGAAAACACCAAAGUCUUUUACUUUUGAUCACUGCUUUUAUUCGGUGGAUCGUGAUGACCCUUCUUUUGCUGAUCAAGAAGAAAUUUUCAAUCAGCUAGGAUUUGGAGUCUUAGAGAAUGCUUUUGCUGGUUAUAACGCUUGUAUUAUUGCGUAUGGGCAAACAGGUUCUGGAAAAAGCUAUAGUAUGAUGGGAACGUCAGAAAAUCCUGGAAUUAUACCGCGUUUGUGUAACUCAAUUUUUCAAAGAAUUGAAGAGUUAACUACCGAAACUUUGGUGUUUAAAGUGGAGGUUUCCUACAUGGAAAUUUAUAAUGAGCGAGUUAGAGAUCUGCUUGAUCCUCGAAAGGCUUCAAAAAACUUGAAAGUGAGAGAACAUAAAAUUCUUGGUCCAAUGGUCGAUGGUUUAUCGAUACUUGCAGUUUCUUCAUAUCAGCAAAUAUUUUCCUUGAUCGAAGAGGGGAACAAAUGUCGUACAGUAGCUGCUACAAACAUGAAUGCUGAAAGCAGUAGAUCUCACGCAGUAUUCAGCAUUCGUGUCACCCAGACUAUUACUGAUCUUGAUAACGGGUAUACUGGUGAAAAAGUGAGCAAAAUUUCACUGGUAGAUUUAGCGGGUAGCGAAAGGGCUGUAAAGAGUGGUGCUGUUGGGAAACGACUUGAGGAAGGGGGAAAUAUUAACAAAUCUCUAACAACACUGGGGAUGGUGAUCUCAGCUUUAGCUGAAAAUUCACGCUCAUCUGGGAAAUCAAAAUUUGUUCCAUAUCGAGAUUCGGUGUUAACUUGGCUUUUAAAGGACAAUCUUGGUGGUAACAGUAAAACUGUUAUGAUAGCUACAAUUUCUCCAUCUUCUGAAAAUUACGAAGAAACGUUGUCAACAUUAAGGUAUGCAGAUCGAGCGAAACGCAUUGUCAAUCAUGCUGUGGUGAACGAGGAUCCGAACGCUAAAAUUAUUCGCGAACUACGUGAAGAGGUUGAAUUGCUGAGAACACAAAUUUCUCAAAGCAUCAAGGAGCACAACGAGGCUGAAGAACUUCGUGAACGUCUUGCAGAGUCGGAACGACUUGAAAGGCAGAAAGACUUGGAAGAGAUUGGAAUAUCAGUAGCUGGUUCAGGAAUUAAAGUUCAAAAAGAUCGUUUCUAUUUGGUUAACCUGAACGCCGAUCCCUCACUAAACGAACUUCUCGUUUAUUAUAUAAAUCAUCGUGCUGUAGUGGGCAGUUCCGAGCAAAAGGAUUCUGAAGAGGCGAAGAAGAAUGAAAAGAUCGACAUUGUUUUACAAGGACUUGGUGUUCACCACAAACAUGCCUUCCUUGAAAUCGUUCAAGAAGACGGUCAGCAAAGGAUGUAUGUAGAACCGUUGGAUGCGCAUGCGAGGAUCUGUGUUAAUGGGCGUUUAAUAUCGCAAAGGACGCUUUUGCGAAAUGGAUAUCGGCUCCUCAUCGGUAACAAUCACUUUUUCCGAGUUAACUGUCCGAAAGAAGCAGUGGAUAUGAGUGCAUCACUGCUUGAGGAAUCUACUGCAAUGCUUUUUGAUUACGAUGACGCUUGGCGUGAGGUUAACUGUGAUUCUGACGAAAAUGCGAAUCCUAUAACAAUGGCUGUUGAUCAAUAUAUGGAACAAAUUGCCAAAAAGCAUGAGGAAGAUAAGCAAGCAGCCUUGGAACAGCAGUAUGAAGCAUUCGAGAAAUAUAUUCAGGGACUUGCGCAAGGAUGUACUCCUCUAACACCUAUGACGCCAUGCGCGGGCUUUCUUACUCCUGGCACAAGUAAUACGUUUCUUCCUCAGCAAGUUUUUCCAACUUCUUCCAAAGGUAGCCUGAAGUCAAAGUUUUUCAGUUGGGCGGAACGAAGAGAAGCAUUGUUCAAGGAGAGUCUUGGUCGUUUGAAGAAAGAUAUAAUUAGAGCCAAUGCUCUUGUCCGCGAGGCCAACAUGAUCGCCACAGAGCUUUCUCACUGUCGGCGGAAAGUUACUUACGAUGUUACUCUACAAAUCCCAGCUGCGAAUUUAAAGCCGUCGAAAAUUAAGGCUGGUGAGUUUAUAUGUGAACCUGUGAUCGUCGUAAAGCGAGCAGGGAUCUUUGGACACCAAUUAUGGUCAGUUUCGCAGUUGGAAAGUAAAUUAGUUGAUAUGAGGGAGAUGUACGACGACAAAAUCAACGGAAACAGUAAGAUAACAUUUUCUGCGGAAAAUCACAGUUUGAUAGGAGUUGCAAAUGUCUUUCUGGAGGUGCUUCUUCACGACUUACGCCUGGAUUAUCAUGUUCCAAUAAUUAACCAACAGGGAGAAGUAAGUGGGCGUCUUCAUGUGGAAGUUUUUCGUUGUUUUGAUUCUGAAGACGAUUUAUCAUAUCAAAGUUCUGAGUCGCUGGAAAGCGAAAGAGAUGGUUAUGCCAUUGGAAAUGGCUUAUUAGGAAGGGCCAUAAGAUGCAAAGUAGCCUUUUUCUAUCAAAUAUGUUUGGCUGACGAUAAGUGGCCAUUUAUUCCCAUCACAAAAAUUCAAAGUACUAAGAUGGAACACAACACUUGUUUCAGAUCCGCAUUAAAAAAGCUACCAAUUUACCGCUCUCAUUAUCCCAUUUCGUUUUUUUAUUCGUUUUUCAACUGUAAUGAAAUAUUUGUUGUUCCUCCUCGAAUCACUUCGGACUCAUCUGAAGAGGACCUAUCGAGUACCAACAAUUCGGACUUUUACUUUGAUCACGAGAAAGAUUUUGUGGUGACAGUGAAUGAAGAAUUCUUAGAAUACGUCCAAGAAGAUGCAUUGUCUAUUGAGGUAUGGGGUCAUCGGAGUAGCGGCUUUGGUAAUGACACGGUUCUGUCAACGUCGUGUAUACCACUCGAUGUAGAACAGACUUAUAAAAGUUUGCAGGAAAGGUGGACAGAUGUAACUCGAAGGAUAGAAUUUCAAAUUAGCAUAAUGGAGCUUAAUGAUGAUGGCUAUUAUGUCCCUGUAGAAGUUCAUUCAUCCAACUAUGUUGCUACCGGUGGUGUGUAUCAACUGAAACAGGGCCAGCAGCGCCGUAUUGUAGUCACUGUUCGACCUUCAAUGGAGCGUGGUAAUUUACCUCUUGCAGUUUCUGAGAUACAAACAGUUACGGUCGGUGAUGUAUGUUCCAGGCGUCCCUAUUCUGCUGACCACUUUUUAAGAAACCAAACAACUGAGAAGCCUCUGGACAGUUACCAAGAAGAAGAUUUAGAUCGCAUUCGAGAGCAGUGGACAGAAGCUCUUGCAUAUCGUCAACGCUACCUUGAAAAUCAGAUCAAUGCUUUGACACUGAAAGGGGCUGCAAAGUCGGAGAAGGAGGCCGAACGAGAAAAAUCAUUGAUUGACCAGUGGGUUGCUUUGACUGAAGAGAGGAAUGCAGUCAGUGUUCCUGCUACCAACAGUGGCAUACCUGGAGCUCCUUCAGACUGGGACCCACCACCGGGUGUUGAGCGACAUGUCCCAGUUAUAUUCUUAAACAUUAAUGCAGAAGAUAUGACUGAAGAGACUUUUCAAGCUGAAGAGAGCGUUUCUUUGGCUGGAUUUGACGCAGUUCUCACAGAAGAGCGUGGCUGCGACAUUCCAGUUCCAAUCUUAGAGCGCGAGAGUGGAGACUUUGAUAGCGUGUCAGCAACUUGUUCUUGGGACAGUUCAAUUCACGAACACACCGGUCUCAACCGGAAUAGUGGUCACAACGAAGUUAUUUAUGCUGUAGUCAAAGCGGUUGUGCGACUAGCCUAUCCGUGUGUUAUUGACGUCGUUCUUAGGAAACGAAUUUGUAUGCAUCUAUACAAGAAGGCGUCAUUGACCGAGAAAAUAAUGAAAAAAUUUGUUGGAUCGACCCCAAUUGCUGCAACAGGUGUUUUCUACGACUUAGUAGCGCAUGUCCCAAAGUCAUCAUUAGACGUUGAAGAUCGUACAACACUGGCAAUGGUGGCUGCUGGCCAAACCCAAAGUGUCGAUGAAGAUUUUUCUGAAUCCAACGAGACAGACAAGUUCAGCAAAUUAAAUUAUAUAGAAGCGUAUACAAAAAGUAUUCAAGCGGUGGAAAGCAUGCUGAAGCUGGAUCGACUUCGGCAAGAAGUAGCAAUCAAUGGCAUGCUAUUAAAGCAAGAGCGGAUGAAUCGGAUAAACUAUUCUGAAGUUCGUGGUUCAAGAAUGAAACGGGCCGUAAGCCUCCCGGACACUAGGCCAGGCGCUCGCCCUACUUUUCUUAAUUUGAAGCCGUAUAUUUGCAAAUCUUCAACUGUCCCUGAAUAUCUCAAAUUUUCUUCUCAUGAUACUACACUUAUUCGGAACGCUCAGCAGGUUGGACGGUGCCACUCGAAAAACCUAAACGAUUGGAAGGCAUUUACAACGCUAGGCCGGAAUGGGACUGUUGGACAAGUGGUGACCAAUGAAUUCAUCGCUCAACAUGCAGAAGCUGAGAAAGAACAAGGAAAAAUGAAUUCUUCUUUUGCUUCUGAUAGUGGCUGUAUGAUGGAAAGUGGAAGCUCCAUAGCCACCACCGAAGACGAUAGAAAAAAUUUCAGCUUUGAAGAUAUGACUGUUGUCAGUGGUUGCUGUGAAAUGUUUAACCAAAGGAACUGCACAAACGACAAUGCCACGGUGGAUGUGAACCUCACAAGAGUCUGA